CUCAUAGAAUCCAGGACGUUCCUCUUACAGGGUCAUAGAUGAUUCGGUAGUAAUGAAAAUAUAAUCGAACAUGGCUAAUAAGGAUAGUAAACGCAUUUGGCAAACGUACCACGGCAAUGAGUCGAACGGUGUCAAAAGUGCCAUGGGGGGCGGCUACGAUCCCUCAUCGUACGGGCAAGGAGGGGGAGAUUCCCGGCACCAAAUUCAACGCCAGGAUCAACGAUCAAUCGAGGCCAGCAAACAGAUGUUGUUUGGCGUCUACGGCAACGUCAUAAGCAUACUAGAAGAGUAUGAGAAGCGCGAAUCCCCCGGCAAGCAACUUGCGAGAUCGGACAUCCAUAUUCCUGACCAGUCGCGGAAAGGCAAAGACGACAUUGAAAGCAUCGUCGAAACGCAGCUCUUGUUGUUCGAAUCCCAGCUAAAAACCUGCCCAGCCGAAGUGCGCAAUCAACUGGGUGACGAACUAAAGCAAAAGACAAUCAAGUGGUGUUCAGUCCGCCACGGGCAGACGCUAAAUAAGACGGACAGGUUCAUCGCCCAACUGUAUGAAAUCCUUGAAAGAGGGCGCACCCAGCACGCCUUUUAUUCAAGGCCAACACCGAACAUCACCGCCGAUGUCAUGCGGGCUAACAUACCCCAUCUGAUGCGGGGAAAACACGAUCAGGCGACCCUUGACCAGAGUUUCCGGUAUGACAGGGACCGCAAGGCUGUUGCCCCAAAUGUUAGAGCCAGUGCGGCAGACAGUCUUCAAAGAGGUAGCGAACGCCUUGCAGAAAUAAAGCCGGACCUGAAAGGUUCGCUAAGAGGAUACAUGACUCAACCAAGUUGGCGUUAAGUGCUAGAUCCGAAAACUGUGAUAUUACAUAUUAAAUGACUGUGUGUUUAUCAUUAGUAAUUGAACAUUUACUUACGGACUAGACGUUGCUUAUAAAAACAUGUAACUCCUAUUUUUCUGCUGUAGUGGUUAUUGAUUUCUUAAACGAUCGUUCAGUUACUUAUGAUGUAUGUUAUUAUUGAUUGUUGUUGCUGUUGUUGACACGUGAUGCUGUUUUGUAUUAAAGGGAUUGCUUGAUA